AUGUACGAGACCUCGGUUAACCCGGCCGGAGACCUCGAGAUCAUCCGGCCCGCGUCUAGGAAAGUUGUAUUCCACACAAACCUGUCAACACUGGUGUUCGCGGACCAGUUUCUUCAGAUGUCCACAUACAUUCCGUCACGUUACGUUUACGGGGUCGGAGAUGUGAAGUCACCGCUGCUGCGAAGUACGGACUGGCAGAAGAUCACCCUUUUCAACGCCGGGAGGUCGCCCAUGGAGGGCAAGAACUUGUACAGCAGCCACCCGUUUAUGCUGGUUCACGAGGAAACGGGUGAGAGCUGUGGAAUCUUUCUGCUCAACAGCAACGCCAUGGACAUCCUGCUCAAGCCGAGCCCCUCGGUGACUUUCCGCACGACCGGUGGGAUUCUGGACGUGUUCGUGUUUCUGGGUCCCACGCCGUCCGAAGUUGUGCAGCAGUACACGGCCCUGGUGGGUCGGCCCGCCAUGCCUCCGUACUGGGCACUGGGUUUCCACCUAAGCCGCUGGGGCUACGCCAACAUCGACGAGGUCAAGGAGACGAGACGCCGCAACCUACGAGUUGGCAUCCCCGUCGAGGCCGUGUGGUUAGACGCUGAAUACAUGGAGGGUCUACGACCGUUCACAUACGAUAAGGUCCGCUUCGCCGGGCUCCCCGAGUUUGCUCAGGACCUGCACAAGCGAGAUAUGAAGUUUGUCCUCACGCUGCAUCCCGGAAUAGACGCGAACAUGGAGAGUGGCUCGUACCUUCCCUUCGACGAGGGCCACAAGGCAGCCGUGUUCGUGAGAUCGGAAGCCGGUGAUUACAACUACGGCAUGGUGGGCAAUCGGAGUCGACUCGUGUAUCCAGACUUCACGCAUCCGGCGAGCGGCGAGUAUUGGACAAAGAUGCUGUCCUACUUCCACGAAGUGGUGCCGUUCGAUGGACUAUGGCUGGACCUGAACGAGCCUUCAAGCCUGUACAACGGCUCCGAGCGCGGAUGCCCAGCUUCGACGCUCGAAGAACCACCGUACUUACCCGGGGAGGGACACGAGGCGCUACGCACCAAGACGCUGUGCAUGACAGGUCGCCACUACCUGUCCAGGCACUACAACCUGCACAACCUGUAUGGACUGAUGGAGGCGCUGCGCACAUACGACUCCUUGCGCCAGAUCCUGCUGCGGAGACCGUUCAUCAUUUCGCGGUCUACAUUUUCGGGUCAGGGCCGUUACUCGGGCCACUGGAGCGGCGACAUCGAGUCUGACUGGGAUGCCAUGCGAUCUUCCCUUGCAUCGAUGCUGACGUUCAACAUUCUCGGCGUUCCCUUGACCGGUUCGGAUAUCUGUGGCUUCUGGGACAACACGACCAGCGAGCUUUGCAACCGUUGGCACGCUCUGGGCGCCUUCUACCCAUUCGCAAGGAACCACAACGCCAAAGGGAACCUCGACCAAGAUCCCGCAGCUAUGGGAGGGGCCGUGGCCGCCACCGCCAAGAAGACCCUGAAGAUCCGCUACUGCUUCCUGCCCUACCUCUACACCUUGUUCUACCGCAGCCACGUGUUCGGAGAGACGGUUGCCCGGUCUCUGUUCUUCGAGUUCCCAAAGGAUGUCAACACGUAUGCCGUGGACACGCAGUUCUUGUGGGGCAGCGCCCUCCUGGUCCUUCCCAUCCUGGAGCCGAACUCAACGAGCGUGAAGCCUUACCUCCCCCGCGGCAUCUGGUACGACGUGAUGCUGGGCCUGCCCUACCACAGCGCCGGCGAAGACUUCCAGAUGUCGCCACUCAACGACUCCAUCUGCCUGCUCAUUCGCGGUGGUCACGUGGUGCCCUCGCAGGAACCGGCGCAGACCACUGCCGCCAGUCGACUCAAGCCGUUCAACCUCCUCGUGGCUCAAGACCAUGACGGACUGGCGACGGGCGAGCUCUACUGGGACGACGGAGAGUAUGUCGAGAAGUAUUGCGUCAGUCUGCUCAAACACCGCACAGAAUAA